GAGGAGUUAGCGCUGCCCCAGUCAUGUGGUUGGAGGGCUCCCCCCUGGCAGUGUUGGCGGCAGUUUCUUUCCUUCUCUCAGUGCUGGCGGCUGCCCAGGGGAGCGGGGAAUACUGCCACGGUUGGCUGGAUGCCCAGGCCGUCUGGAGGGACGGAUUCCAGUGCCCGGAGCGCUUUGAUGGGGACGAUUCGACCAUCUGCUGCGGCAAGUGCGAGCUGCGCUACUGCUGUUCCAGCGCCGAGGCCAGACUCGACCAGGGCGUGUGUAACAAUGACCGCCAGCAGGGGGCGCCCGAUCACAACAGGCCGGACAAGGACAGUCCCGAUUCUACAGCAGUUCCUAUCUACGUGCCAUUUUUAAUCGUGGGCUCUGUUUUUGUGGCCUUCAUUAUCGUGGGUUCUCUGGUGGCAAUUUGCUGUUGCAGAUGUCUACGGCCAAAACAGGAGCCCCAGCAGAGCCGAGCUCCUGGAAGUAACCGGCUGAUGGAGACCAUCCCUAUGAUCUCAAGUGCUAGCACAUCCCGUGGUUCUUCCUCUCGUCAGUCCAGCACGGCGGCCAGUUCUAGUUCUAGUGCCAAUUCUGGAGCAAGACCACCUCCAACUCGAUCCCAAACCAACUGUUGUUUGCCAGAAGGGGCAAUGAAUAACGUCUACGUAAACAUGCCUACCAACUUUUCAGUGUUGAACUGUCAACAGGCCACACAGCUUGUUCAACACCAAGGACAGUAUCUUCACCCUCAGUUUGUAGGUUAUGCUGUGCCACAUGACUCUGUCCCCAUGACUCCAGUGCCCCAAUUUAUAGACGGUCUGCAAGGGGGAUACAGGCAGAUGCAGUCACCGUACCCACACAGCAACCCCGAACAAAUGAUGUACCCAGCCGUGACUGUGUAGAUA